AUGCUUCUCCUCCCACUCUCUGUGCUGCUCCUGCUCACACAGCCCUGGAGAUCCCUGGGAGCAGAAAUGAAGAUCUACUCCCAGAAAACACUGGCCAAUGGCUGUAACCUGGUUGCAUGUAGCCCCCCGGAGGGUGGCUUGCCUGGUCGUGAUGGACAAGAUGGGAGAGAAGACCCCCGCAGGGAGAAGGGAGAUCCAGAUUCACCAGAACCUGCAGGACAAGCAGGGAGGCCAAGACCAGCUGGCCCCAUUGGGCCGAAAGGGGACAAUGGCUCUGCUGGAGAACCCAGACCAAAGGGAGACACUGGACCACCUGGGCCUCCAGGCAUGCCUGGUCCAGCUGGGAGAAAGGGCUCCUCAGGGAGGCAGGGGAGCAUGGGACCUCCAGGCACACCAGGCCCCAAAGGAGAGACUGGGCCCAAAGGAGAAGCGGGUGCCCCAGGCAUGCAGGGCUCCCCGGGCCCCGCAGGUCUCAAAGGAGAGAGAGGUGCCCCCGGGGAGACUGGAGCCCCUGGACGUGCUGGGGCGGCAGGGCCUGCUGGAGCCAUAGGUCCACAGGGGCCUUCAGGUGCCAGGGGCUCCCGAGGACUGAAGGAAGACAGAAGUACUCUUGGAGAAAGAGGAGCAAAGGGUGAGAGUGGACUUGCAGGAAAGGAAGACUUGGGGGCCCCAUUAGGGUUCUUAGAGAGACAGCUGCGACGCCUUCAAAAAGGCUUCUCUCAGUAUAAAAAAGUGGUGCUCUUCCCUGAUGGCCUAGCUGUCGGGGAGAAGAUCUUCAAGACGGCAGGUGCUGUAAAAUCAUAUUCGGAUGCCCGGCAGGUCUGCAGAGAGGCUAAGGGACAGCUGGCCUCGCCGCGCUCUGCAGCCGAGAACGAGGCCGUGGCUCAGCUGGUCAGAGCCAAGAAUCAUGAUGCUUUCCUGGGCAUGAAUGACAUCUCCACCGAGGGCAGGUUCACCUACUCCACUGGGGAGUCACUGGUCUAUUCCAACUGGGCCAAUGGGGAGCCCAACAAUAAUAAUGCUGGACAACCAGAGAACUGUGUGCAGAUCUAUAGUGAGGGCAAGUGGAAUGACAUACCCUGCAGUACGGAACUCCUCGUGAUCUGCGAGUUUUGA